AUUAAUUAAUAUAAGUGAAUAUGGAUGCACCAGACAGUAGCUUAUCCAUUGAAAUAAGAUCGAAAUCUGUCGAACAGACUCUGGAACCUCUUGUGACUCAGAUCACUAAUUUAAUUUCGGAAGCUACCUCACCAUCGAAAAGAUCGGGCAGUAAAACUACAAGACAAAAGGCUUUGGAAAGAGGGGGAAAUGCUGUCUAUCAAGCGGUUGAGAGAUUUGUAACUGUUGGAGAAGAAUUGGGUUUAACAAAUCCUGAAGUCUUUGAUGAUAUGACUAAUGCUUGUACAGAAGCAAGAGAAGCGGCAUUAUCAAUACAGAAUGGAGUCUCAUCCCAAGAACCCGAAAAUGAGGAUUUGGCACAGGGAGCAAGGAAACUUCUAUCAGCCGUCACGAGGAUGCUAUUAUUAGCUGAUAGAGUGCAUGCUAGCCAAGCCGCGGAAAGUGUGAAGCGAGUGAAUACUGUUUUGGCGCAAAUUCAAAACGCUUCAGAUUUAAGCAAGUUUGUUCAUGAGUUCAGUGAAUUGGGUGCAGCUUUAGUACAAGUUGGAAGAACAACAGGAGAACGUCAAAAUGAUGCUAAAGAUGAUGUUAUUCGAGCUCAUCUUGCUUCUCAUCGGUCUAUUUUGGAACGAUCUACGUCACUCCUUCAUGCAACUUGUCGAUCGGCUUUGAGGCAUCCACAAACAUCAUCCUCUUUGACAGCAAGAUCUCAAGUAAUAGAUAUGAUGUCUGCCGCUUUAUCGUCACUAGAAAAGCUAUUGGGAGGACACAUACCAACAAUUCCUCAUGUUGACACUGCACAUCAUGCAAUCGUUCAAUUAGAACGAGCAUUAGAUGAAAAUGCGCCUUUGAGUGAAUUACUGGAUACUUUAUGUGAAACAACGCAUGAUUUCACUGAUAGUCCAUAUACUAAUCACGAUGAACGCGAAAGGGUUUUGGCUUUAACUCAUUUGUGUUGUAAUGAGGAGGAUAAAAAUAGAUUAAGGAACACAACCAGUGCCCUACGUUCUCAACUGGAAUCUAUUGCAAGAAAUCACGUUGUUGACCUUACAAAAUCUGAAAUAAUAGCAGACGUAACGAAUGCGAUUGCUGCCAGUGCCAGUCGAGCAGAUGAAGUGUCGACAAAGAUAACAGAAAGUUGCGAGCAAAUAGUCGACGCUUGUACUCUCAUUCGACAUGUAUCCAGUGCCCAAAGCCAUCUUGUGUCCAUUGAACAUACAAUAAAUUAUAUACGAUCAUUAGCUCCCUUAAUGUCUUCCUGUGCAAGUACCCUAGCCAGACAUCAAGACUCCCAGAUGGCCAUAGAUUCAUUUGAUGCUUGUGUCUCUUCUUGGAAAGCUAUUGUAGAACAAGUUAUGGCUCUGUUAAAAGAAAUUGUACCGGUUGUCUAUGCAGGGCAUGAACUCCAAGCUGCCGCUCGAGUUGUCGACGAAGUGACGGCAGGUGGGGAAUCUUCAUCAAUCAAUCAGGAGUCGAGACAAAUUGUACAUCGAGCAAAAACAAUGUCGGCUGCAGCUUUCUCAGUUUAUCUCUUUACUAGAGGAGAAGGACCUCUUAGGACAACUAACGAACUCUUUGAACAUGCUACACAGUUGGCGUCUGAUGGCGAAACGUUAGCAAACGAGGUUCGAAAUCUUACGGUGGUCAGAGGAGAAAUUGCGGUAAGAAUAGAGCGUUUAGAAGGUGCUUGCUGUAAAUUGCAAUCAGCAUUGUGUACACCAAGUUGCGGAAAGGCAGCAACAUUUAAUAAAGUUGACCAAGUUGUCACAAGAGUAAAGUUGUUAAUGCAAACGGUCGCCCAGCUCGUUACGGCCUGUCUCCUGAUUGCUACCUCUCCUGGUAAUUCAAAAACCGAUAUUGGAUCCUUACCAGUUGGUCUGGAUGCCUUAUAA